AUGUCCAGCAGAUGCACACUCGCUCAGGCCACGGUGAUCAGAUCUGGAACUAAGAGCGCACCGCAGAACAACGUGGGGACACGGAGGCCAGCGGAACCAAAGUCGCCCAUCUCCUGCGGGCUGAGGAGGGAGCUCUUUGCAUGUUGCACUAAGGGCAGUCCGCACAAACGCCAUUGGCAGCAGGUACCGGAAGCGCCAAGUUUCCAGCUCUGGCAAAGGUUCUUCUUGAGACGUGCUGAGGUGCAGCGUGCGCGGUUUCCCUCUGGACCAGAGCCGAAAGGAAUUGGGACCGUGGCGGAGAUGGAACGCUACGUGGAAGGCCGCACGGCGAGCUCACUCUUCGCUGGAUUCCGAGCCCUGGGGCUUUUUAGUAAUGACAUCCCGCACGUGGUGCGGUUCAGUUCGCUGAAGCGCCGGUUCUACGUUACGACCUGCGUGGGCAAGAGCUUCCACACGUAUGACGUUCAGAAACUUAGUCUGGUUGCAGUAAGUAACUCUGUUCCACAGGAUAUCUGCUGUAUGGCAGCUGAUGGGAGGCUAGUUUUCGCUGCUUAUGGGAAUAUUUUUUCUGCAUUUGCCCGUAAUAAAGAGAUAGUACAUACCUUUAAGGGUCAUAAGGCAGAAAUCCAUCUUUUGCAACCUUUUGGGGAUCACAUUAUCUCUGUUGAUGCUGACAGCGUUCUUAUUAUUUGGCAUAUAUAUUCAGAAGAAGAAUACCUACAAUUGACUUUCGAUAAAUCAGUUUUUAAAAUUUCUGCGAUUUUGCAUCCAAGUACCUACUUGAACAAAAUACUUCUGGGCAGUGAACAAGGAAGUCUGCAGUUGUGGAAUGUAAAAUCCAAUAAGCUUCUGUAUACAUUUCCAGGAUGGAAGGUUGGAGUGACUGCUCUUCAGCAGGCACCAGCUGUGGAUGUUGUUGCUGUUGGUCUUAUGUCAGGUCAGGUUAUCAUUCACAACAUUAAGUUUGAUGAAACAUUAAUGAAGUUUCGUCAAGACUGGGGACCCAUAACUUCAAUUUCAUUUCGCACAGAUGGUCAUCCAAUAAUGGCAGCUGGAAGCCCAUGUGGCCAUAUUGGACUUUGGGACCUAGAAGACAAAAAAUUAAUCAAUCAAAUGAGAAAUGCACACUCUACAGCAAUUGCUGGACUGACAUUUCUCCAUAGAGAACCUCUUCUUGUCACAAAUGGUGCUGACAAUGCUCUCAGGAUAUGGAUAUUUGAUGGCCCCACAGGUGAAGGCCGACUUUUGAGAUUCAGAAUGGGCCAUAGCGCUCCUCUUACCAGGAUCAGAUACUAUGGACAAAAUGGACAACAAAUUCUAAGUGCAAGUCAAGAUGGAACUCUUCAGUCAUUUUCUACGGUACAUGAAAAAUUCAAUAAGAGUUUGGGACUUGGAUUAAUUAAUAAAAAGAGACUCAAGCGGAAAGGACUUCAGAAUACCAUGUCAGUAAGACUUCCACCUAUCACAAAGUUUGCAGCUGAGGAAGCUCGAGAGAGUGACUGGGAUGGUAUCAUUGCUUGCCAUCAAGGUAAGCUAUCUUGCUCAACCUGGAAUUAUCAAAGGUCUACAAUAGGUGCUUACUUUCUCAAGCCAAAAGAAUUGAAGAAAGAUGACAUCACUGCAACAGCAGUAGAUAUUACUUCUUGUGGAAACUUUGCCGUGAUUGGUCUUUCAUCAGGAAGUGUAGAUGUGUAUAAUAUGCAGUCCGGGAUACAUCGGGGAAGUUUUGGCAAGGAUCAAGCUCAUAAGGGAUCUAUUAGAGGUGUUGCAGUGGAUGGAUUAAAUCAGUUGACAGUUACAGCUGGUAGUGAAGGAUUACUCAAAUUUUGGAACUUUAAAAACAAAAACUUAAUCCAUUCUAUGAGCCUUGAUUCAUCUCCAAAUAUGAUGCUGCUACAUAGGGACAGUGGCAUUCUGGGACUUGCCUUGGAUGACUUCUCCAUUAGUGUUCUGGACAUAGAAACUAGGAAGAUUAUGAGAGAGUUUUCUGGACACCAAGGCCAAAUAAAUGACAUGGCUUUCAGUCCUGAUGGUCGUUGGUUAAUAAGUGCUGCAAUGGAUUGCUCUGUUAGGACUUGGGACCUUCCAUCUGGUUGCCUUGUAGACUGUUUUUUGUUGGACGCAGCUCCUCUCAAUGUUACUAUGUCCCCUACUGGAGACUUUCUAGCUACUUCCCACGUGGACCACCUUGGAAUUUAUUUAUGGUCUAAUAUUUCCCUGUAUUCAGUUGUCUCAUUACGGCCACUUCCUACAGAUUAUGUUCCUUCAGUAGUGAUGCUUCCUGGGACUUGUCAAACCCAAGAUAUAGAUAUAACAGAAGAAAAUGUAGAACCAAGUGAUGAAAUGAUAGAGUAUGAUUCACCAGAACAGUUGAAUGAACAAUUGGUGACUCUCUCACUUCUCCCUGAAUCACGGUGGAAGAACCUUCUUAAUCUUGAUGUUAUUAAGAAAAAGAAUAAACCAAAGGAACCACCCAGAGUACCCAAAUCAGCACCAUUUUUUAUUCCAACGGUCCCUGGCCUUGUACCCAGAUAUGUUACACCUGAACAAAAUAAUGAUCCCCAGCAGUCUAAAGUUGUAAAUCUUGGGAUCUUGGCUCAGAAGUCAGAUUUCUGCUUGAAACUUGAAGAAGGACUGGUAAAUAAUACGUAUGAAGCCGCUCUCAGCCUUCUGAAAGAAAUGGGCCCAUCAGGAAUUGAAACAGAGCUAAGGAAUUUGUCUCCUGACUGUGGUGGAUCUAUAGAAGUCAUGCAGAGUUUCUUGAAAAUGAUCGAGAUGAUGUUGGACAGAAAGCGUGAUUUUGAGUUAGCCCAGGCAUACCUUGCAUUGUUUCUAAAAUUACACUUUAAAAUGCUUCCUACAGAACCAGUACUCCUAGAAGAAAUGACAAAGUUGUCAUCACAAGUGGAAGAAAGCUGGAUUCAUUUACAGUCACUCUUCAAUCAAAGCAUGUGUGUUUUAAAUUAUAUCAAAAGUGCUUUGUUAUAAAAAAAAACCGUAAGUGAUUAAAGAAAGCAAAGAUUUUUA